GUCAACAUAAACAAUUCCUGCUCGUCGAAUUCGCGUCUUAUAUAUCUGUCGUAACAGUUUUUUUUUCUCAGCAGCCUUACCAGUUUAGCCAUGGGACACGUUACCAGGAAUGACCCAAAGUAACGUGAAGGAGGACUUAGCAUUAACUGCUAGGUAGCCGCUGAUAGCUUUCCAGUGACUGUACUCAGCCAACACAGGGACAUGGCUACAUCCAGAGUGGAGUACACCAUAGGAGGGGUGAAGAUCCACUUCCCCUGCAAGGCUUACCCGUCCCAGCUGGCCAUGAUGAAUUCAAUCGUCCGAGGGUUGAACUACGGGCAGCACUGCCUUCUGGAAAGUCCUACAGGAAGUGGAAAGAGUUUGGCUCUUCUCUGCUCAGCUCUGGGAUGGCAGCAAGCUCAGCAUGGUAAACUACAAAAAGGGAGUACUGUAGAGGACAAGAGCCUGCCAGAUGCCCCCACACCUUGUCAGUGCGUAUGCCACAGUAAAACCAGCAAGACCGCCGAUACAGCAGCAACUGAACCUGCUGUUAUGGACCACACUGUGUCACACAGCAAAGAGACUGCUCAGCUGCACCCUCCAGCACCCAAACAUCUACCUUUACCAGAGGAGGAACAACCCAAAAAACCAUCUCUAGCUUCUCGUCUGUCUGAGAAGUUCCAGGCUUCUCUCAGCUCUGACUGCGAGAAAGACAACGACUUUCAGCCAGACAGGAAACGCGUUCGCACUGCAGAGCUCAAGAGCCGAAAAAAGCAGCGUCUGGAGCCCGGAGUCAUAUUCAUAGAUGAUGAACCGGAGCAGGAGAAUGAGCCAAGGGGUCCUCAGAAUUGGACUGCAGAGAGCAACGGCCAGGCAGCUGGUUCAUCCUCAUCCUGCUGUGCCCCUGAACCCUGUUCCCGCUGCCCAUGUGCUUCAACCAAAGACGGUGUGAAGAACAAGGACAAAGACAAAGAUGGCAGUAAAAAGAUUCCUACGAUCUUCUUUGGCACUCGUACACAUAAACAGAUAACUCAGAUCACCCAUGAGUUGAAGCGCACUGUUUACUCCCGUGUGCCCAUGACCAUCUUAUCCAGUAGAGAUCACACCUGUGUCCACCCAGAAGUGGCGCCUUACUCCAACCGCAAUGAGCGAUGCAAAGAGCUACUGGAAGCCAAAGAUGGCCGGUCGUGCCGUUACUACCAUGGUGUCCAGAAGAUGCGGGAUCAGUACUCACUACAGCAGGUCCACGGACUGCAUGACGCAUGGGACAUUGAGGACCUGGUAACACUGGGAAAGCGGCUUCGCUCAUGCUCUUACUUUGCUGCCCGUGAACUUAUGCAGGGCGCCUCUAUCAUCUUCUGCCCAUAUAACUACCUUCUGGACCCAACGAUCAGAGAGAAUCUGGACAUCGACCUGGCAGGCCAAAUUUUGGUUUUGGAUGAGGCUCACAACAUUGAAGACUGUGCAAGGGAGAGUGCCAGCUACACAUUACACCACAGCAGUCUGCUGAUGUCCAGAGACGAGCUGGACGGCAUGAUCAAAAGCAACAUCCGACGCUCCAAGCACGAGCCACUUCAGAACUUCUGCUACAGUCUGAUCAACUGGAUCCAGGAGAGCCAAAGCCUGAUGUCUGAGCGGGGAUAUGAGAGCGCCAGUAAAGUUUGGAAUGGGAAAGAUAUACUGAGCAUCUUUCACACAUUGGGUAUCACUGCUGCUACCUUCAGCAUUUUGAAGGAAAAUUUGGCAGCAGUGUUGGAGAAGGAGGAGCGUGUUGGUUUGAUUCAUGGUAGAGAGGACAUGGUGCAGGUCCCGACCAUCAGCUCAGCUACCGCUACUGUCCUCAAAAGCCUUUUCAUGGUUCUGGACUUUCUCUACAGGGACAAUUGCAGGUUUGCUGAAGACUACCGGGUAGCCCUGCAGAAGAGCUAUGCUUGGACCAAUCAGGUCCCUCCUGAUGUACCUGACGCUCAGGGCUUUUUUGUUCGGCCACGUCAUCGACAGCGCCAGAGUGUCAGAGUCAAGGCAGAAGUCCUGACCCUGAGUUUCUGGUGCCUGAACCCUGCUGUGGCUUUCUCUGACUUGAGUGGGUCGGUACACAGCAUCGUGCUGACAUCGGGAACCCUGUCACCCAUGGGCUCCUUCUCCUCUGAACUUGGGGUGAAAUUCUCUAUUCAGCUGGAGGCCAACCAUGUGAUCAACAAGUCCCAGGUUUGGGUGGGCACUGUUGGUGCAGGACCCCAAGGCAAAAAACUCUGCGCCACCUUUCAGCACUCUGAAACGUAUGCUUUCCAGGACGAGGUGGGUGCCCUGCUGCUCCAUGUCUGCCAGGUCAUGGCCAAGGGUGUGCUCUGCUUCUUGCCUUCUUACAAGAUGCUGGACAAGCUGAGAGACCGAUGGAUCAACACUGGUCUUUGGGAGAAGCUAGAGCAACAGAAAACAGUGAUCACCGAGCCCCGCGGUGGAGGGAAGGGGGAUUUUGACGAGCUGCUUCAGACAUACUAUGAUGCUAUCAAAUACAGUGAGGAAAGAGAUGGUGCACUGCUGAUUGCUGUGUGUCGGGGUAAAGUGAGUGAAGGGCUCGACUUUACAGAUGAUAAUGCCAGAGCAGUGGUCACCAUUGGAAUUCCCUUCCCGAACAUCAAAGACCUCCAGGUGGAACUGAAGAUGAAGUACAACGACCAACACUGCAACUCUAGAGGUCUUCUCCAAGGUCAUCGCUGGUAUGAAAUCCAGGCCUACAGAGCCCUAAACCAGGCCCUGGGGAGGUGUAUUCGCCACAAGAAUGAUUGGGGCGCCUUAAUUCUAGUGGAUGAUCGGUACAGGAGUAAUCCUAACAAGUACAUCACAGGUCUGUCGAAAUGGGUCCGCCAGCUCGUCCGACAUCACGACACCUUCAGCAAUGCCAUGCAGUCUCUGGCAGCAUUCUCUCAGGGGCAGCAGAAGGUGGAGGUAGCUUCUGCAGACAGUCAGACCCUCUGCUCUACUGUCUCCUCUCACAGCUCUCACUUACCAGCAGCGGUAAAGGAACAGAGUCUGCCCAAGGCCUCAGAACUUCAGAUACCCAGCUCAUGUGUCAAAACACCUGAACCUCAGCAGGACACAAGCCCCUCAGUCUGCGAUUUUUUCUCUUGUACACAGUUGAAAGCUGAAGAGAAUGAAAAAGCAGAACGAUUGAAGACGCUGCGUGUUCCUCCAGCAGAGCCUCUCUCACGUCAGAAAACAACAGCUCAGUCUCUGUUCCCCAUUUUCACCUCCAGCCCCAUCAGCACCAGCUUUAAGAAGCCAAUCUUUAAAAAAAGAGCACCCGGUAAUUCCAGCCAGCACUUGGAAACAUCCAGUCAUUGUGAGGACAAAGAGAACCAUCAGAUCUCCUCUCCACCAUUAAAGACUGAGGGGGUUUGUCUUAAACAAGAGGCUGGAAACAUUUCCAGCGAAAUCAAUGUGGAAUCAAGCAGUCGGGCUCCAGAGCCUUCUGCAGUAACAGCCCCUCCCCGGUGUAAAAGUGAAACAACCACAGCAGACGAUUCGGGUGAAGAUGACGAGGACCAGACAAUUUUCUUUACUCCAGAACUUUUCGAGGAAGAGGGAGACAACGGUAGCCCACAGAAAGAGGUGAGGGCUGAGUCGCCGCCCUGGAUGGUCUUCGGGACAGAGAGCCCGGCCCUGCUGUCAGAAGAACUUUUUGGCUCUGAGCAGGCCCAAGGGCAAGCCUCUGGUUUUGAUGGACAGAGUGCUAUUUCAGUCAGUAAGGAGAGCACAGAGCUGUCACAGGGACAGAAAGAAGAAAUCAGAGGACAGAAGCAAGGUGAGGAGAGAGAGGAGGUUGAAACCCAGAGCAGACAGACAGGCAGUAGGCUUCACAGGCUGUCCAGGUCCAAGCAGAAAGCUCCCUGCACUCCAACAGGUAACUAACAACCUGGACACAAGUAUAGUGUGGACAAAGCUGAAUGUCUUUUAUGAGAACGGUGUGUUGAAUGCACAUUAUUUUUGCGAAGAUUUUGCCUCCAAAUUUUACAAGUAGAUUGACUGUGAAACAGUUUGCAGCACAAGGUAAAAUACCACAUUCACUUCAUUCCAUUUAAAAAUCUUAAAAUUUGUAGAUUUUACAACUGAUCUUUCAGAAUUUUCUAAACACUAUGUUGUGAAGUGUCUCAGUGUGUUACAACCGCCUCAGGCAAUUAGCCCACACACUAAUACUGCGCAGGCAGUCGAUGAUGAGGCUUCAGCCAUCUCGGAUCAGCUUCUUAUGUAGUGUGACAGCUCAUCUUAUUAAGGCCUGUUCUCAGUUAAAGAACACACAACGAACCAACAAUAUUGAAAUUGCUUCACUAAUUGAAUGUCUGUUUAAACAAAUCAUUAAAAUUUAAAAGCAGGAACUCAUUUGUUUCUAUACAAGUGCCUCAUCAUUUAGUUGUGUUUUAAUGAUGUGUUUGUAGAUUAUGGGUGAGGAACAUGGAUGGUUUAGACAUGCCUGAUUUCACCCAAAGACGGGACCUUUAUUAUUUUCAAUUUCUUUGCCAAUUAUGUAACUAUAUGCUGUAAGCCAAAGCGGUGUUAGUGUGUGGAUAUACACUGGCUUCACCUUUGGUAUAAGCUUGUGUACAUUCCUGUCACAAUAAAAUUAAAUGCCAGCAUUUCA